ACGAAAUACAAUUCGCAGUCACAACAAGCGUGGCGUCGAUGUCCCUGGUCCCGUCCGCGCCGCCGCCGCCGCCGCCCGACGAGACGGCGCUGGUCGUCGCCUCGUCCAAGAAGGAGGAGAUCGACGAGGAAGAGUCGCCCGUCGACCUCAUGCAGCUGCCGUCGAUCCCGAUGCAAAAGUCGCUGCUGCUCUUGACCAACUUUUGCAGCAACACGGUCCGGUUCCUCAACCACUUCUCCAACCUCUGCGAAGAGCGGCUGACGACUGUCGCCACGAACCUCACGCGCCUCGAGAUCUCGCUCGCGAUCCUUGAGGCGAAGCUUAACAGCAUUCCGGACCUGCCGACGACCGUCACGAUCUCGGCCGCCGAUAUUCCCGACGACCUGCCCACGCCCGCCAAUGCGCCAACGCCACCGCCGCCACCGCCUGCGCCACCCGCCGACGGACCGGGCGCGCCGCCGCCACCACCGCCGCCCAUGCCCAUGCCAUCCGACGAUGGAGCGCCGCCACCACCACCAGCAGACGUCGAGGAGAGGAGUUUGGCCCCUGUGGCUCCUCUACUCAAGCUACGCGACGAUCCGCUCUACUCCAAGUAUUUUUCGAUGCAGCGCAUGGGGCUUCCGGAGGGCGCCAUUGUGCACAAGAUGAAGAUGGACGGCGUGGACCCUAGCAUUCUCAGCAUGGACCCCGAAGGCCCGUCGCCAUCGGCCACGAGCCUUGUCCCCAUGGACGCGCCGUCAACCGAAAUGACAUUGGCGCUGGCGCCGCCGCCGCCGCCGAUGGAGGACGGCCACGAGCCGUAUCCCCGACCAGAAUCUAUAUUUCCUCUCUCGGCGCCUCCUGUCGGUAUGCCACCGCCGCCGCCCGCAGCCGCGUUCCCACCGCCGCCGCCGUUCGAGAGCGGUCCGCCGCCCCCGCCACCUGGCAUGGCGCCCCCGACGCAGGUCGCCGACGCAGCGCCUGGCGUCAUGAAGCUCAAGGACGACCCAAUGUUUUCCAAGUACUUCACAAUGAUGAAGCUGGGCAUGCCCGAAGGCGCGAUUCGACAAAAGAUGGCGCUCGACGGCGUCACGCUCGACCUCUUUGCGCUCGACCCGGAAGGACCGUCGCCCAACCCACCCGCGACUGCAGCGGCCAACGACGACGACGACGACGACUUUUAACCUGCUUGGAAUGCACACGUCGACGUGUCGUACUCGUAUGUCGCAACUGCGUCGUUGUCGUUCGCAUUCGCCGUUGCUUUCGCGAUCGAGAGGGAUGUUCGAGAUAGGGGUAGGGUAGGAUUAGGGUGCGUCGACGCACACCCUUGGACAACAAAAUGUGUAGCGCGGUGCGCGUCAUGGCUCGUCUUGCAAUAUGCUUGGUCGACGACGGUCGUCUCGGCACGAAGUGGGUAUCGCGCCGUGCGUCGCGCCUCGAUCCGCUGUACGUCACAUCAAGGCGACCCAUCGUAUCGCAAAAGGUUCUUAUUAUACUACUUGAGGACUAACUAAUGUCUCUAAUAACAACGACUAACGACUUAACAUCACGGACA